AUGAAUAUCUUCCUGGGCGACGAAUCAACUGGCGAAGAUGGCCAGCCGUCUCCUAAUGACAGACUGUCCCAGGAUGCGUUACAUGUCAGCUUCUCCUCAAACCAGAGAUCGAUCAUCAGUGACCAAGCACUGUCUGCUGGCGGUCUGGGGCUUAGUUUUUCGGACGCCCAGCCCCGUGAAGUCAACAGUGGGAGAUCGAGUGGUCUAGAGACCAGCUCUUCGUCAAGCCAGACGCGUGGAGCCCGCAGUGACAGUACGAAUGCUGGUUUCGCAGAAGGCCAGCCGAUUGCAAUUAGAGGUGGCAGACCUAACAGUGCCACUGCCAGAUUCUCACCUUUGUCGUCAGAUCAGCCACGUCAACUUAGUGGUGAAGGGCCAGAUAGUACGACUCCUGACCUCUCAGCAGAUCGACUACCUACAAUUAGGGCUCCGAGACCUGAUCAAUCGAUUUCUCAAUUCCCAGAUUUCUCAACAGCCCGCCCUCGUCAAGUCAACGAUACGAUUGCCAGUUUCCCAGUAUAUCAUUCGCGUGGAUUCGGCGAUCGGGGACCACGCGCUCGGCGGGACAGCUUCUCCUCGUUAGGUCUUUCACCAAGCCCUCCUCCACGUGAAGUCAACAGCGAGAGAUCAGGCGGUUUGAAUGCCUCUUCGCAGAACCAACCACCAACAGUCAACACAGAGAGACAGGGCAGUAUGCACAACUCCUCCUCUUCUAACCAGUGGUCUGCGCCCAGGGGCAGAGAAACUUCGUCUAGAGGUUUGAAUGCCUUUUCGUCCAACCAGUCGCGUGGACGCCAGAGAUAUAGAUCAGCUAGUCCGGAUGACAGCUCCUCUUCUAGCCAGGCGUCUUCAUCGUAUAUGAGCAUAUAUGGACCCGAUGCCAACAGCGGCUCCUCGGUGAAUCAGCCUUCGAUAAGCCAGCCUUCUAUGAACCAUCCAUCGAUGAACCACCCUUCGACGAACCACCCUUCGAUGAACCAGCCCACUACAAGCCAGCCACGUGAAGCCAGCAGUAGUGGAACAGUUGGUCGUGAAGGACCUAACAGACAACGCAGUCACGGGACAGCAAAUCGUCGCCCUCUACCACGAUCAGCCAAUGAUGAUACAGCAACUGAGAAUACUAUGAAUGCCAACUCCACCGCCGGAGCCAGCGGAGGAAGACGCGAUGUUAUCCAAGAUCAACAACAAUCGACUCCUACACAGGCAGGCUAUGGAGUCGGAGAGAGCAGUAGCCAGCCUACCCCCUCUGUUCUUGCUCCCCAACUAGCUCGCUACGGACAACGAAAGCCAAAAGUUGAGGGAUUAGUGGACUAUGGACUUUCAGACAAUUUCGAUGCCGAUCCUUCUAAAGAAGUCCCAGACAAGCUGGUCGACGGUGGAGUUAUUCAUGAUAGACCCGUCCUCCCUGGAGAUGCCAACGAGGAGAUUGACGAAGAAGAAAAGGCCCGAAGAGCUAAGGCUCAGAAGACCAAAGAAGAAGACGAGGAAAUGCUUAAGGCUGGUAUAGAAGCUAAUAAGAAGAACUACGAUGAUGGACCAACAGCUGAGGAUGCAGAGAAGGCACGAAAUGGGAUGUCAAAAGAAGAGUUCGCUAAAAAGAUGAACAUUGAUGUCAAGACUCUGGAAGAGAACGAGAAGACAUUGGAUGCCCUCGAAAAAGCCCGGGCAAAGAUGUCAGAGGAAGAGCUCGCAGUUUUUGGUAUCAAACUCGAUCUUGAAUAUCUGCAGACGGAUCCGAAAGACCAAGAUGACGACGAGAUACCUGAGAGCGGCGAACAGGAACGAGUCCCGUACACUGCUGACUUCUUUGCCAACCUUGGCGACUAUCCGGAGAUCAUUAUGGAAAUCGCCAAGUACCUCAGGCCCAAGGACCUUGUUCUCCUCUUCUCCAUGUCCUUAACGUUCAACGAGACAAUUAAGGGUUUCUUCUCGCACACUAUGUUGACAUCUGCUGCGUACCACGCUCCAGAGUCAGCUCGAAUCUUCCCUUUUAAGUUUUAUGCCGAUCUUUGUGUCCUUGAUCCAGCUGGUCGCCCACACCCUAUGAGACCUUGGGAAGUCCGUAUGGUCCCCAGCCCACGCUGGCUGAAGAUGGUGGUCCAUCGAGAGAAGACAAUUCGCGACAUACUUGCUAUGAUGGCGCGAGAGGGACACCGCAUGCCAAGUGGCAUGGGCCUGUCUCUGAAGAAGAUGUGGUUGCUAAUGGACGUUUCAACCAGUGCUCAGCGGGUCCAGCUGCUCCACAGCCCAUUCUUCACUGGCAAGGAUCUCUACAACAUGCAGAUGUUCUUUGUCAAGCUGGAUAUGCGUUUCAAUGAUCCGAUCGACGGGCCUGGAGACGAUGCACUGAGGAAAUUAAUGCUGGGGCAGAGAAGUCUCACGACUUUAUGUAAGCUACUCAAGCGGGAGAUAUGUCGUGAUCCAGUUGAUAUCAUCAAGAUGGCAGUUCGAUAUGCUUACCGCGUUGUACCCCAGCUUAGGGGGCUCCCGAUGUUUGGGAUUCCGCCGCAGGAUAUCGGGACUGGACAUUUGGAGGGCUGGGGGAAGGGAAGAGUACAUUUACUUCGUCCGGAUGAAUUGGUGAUAAGAGAAUCUGUGAGACGGGGUCUGGGUCUGAAGGACCAUAUCAUGGGAAUGUUUCUCUGGGGAUACGUCGAUCCGAUGACAGGACUCGAUAUUGAGGUUACGGAAGAGGAGAUGUAUAUGUCGGAGGAUGAGGACCAGGAUUCCAGCAGUGAUCAGGAGGUUGAAGAAGAUGAGAGAAUGGAUAAGGUGGUCAUGAGAAGACUCCUGCAGAAGGUCAUGAAUAGGCUCAGUGAGCAGGAAGGGGGAAAGCAGGAGGGAGGUGAGGAGAAGCAAGAGAGAAGUGAGGAGACCGGUAAUGGAGACGUGAUCAUGGAUGAUUGA